AUGUGGGGCCAUCGGGCCAUCCUGGGUACUGAGCUGGACACCGAUGCUGUGGGAAAGUAUGCCUUAUCGAUCGCAGUCCAGCUGCUUGGAAUCACGACCUUCUUUGCGGCUAUUGAUACGGCAGUGAAGUCCUCGGGCAUUGAGCUGCCUGACUGGGCCGUCUUCGCUCUGUUCUUUGGCAUGAGCUUGCGCUCGAGAAUCUUUUCGCCUUUGGACAAUUCCCGGCCUGACAUUCAGAAGGCUACGCAAGGACAGGCCACAGGAGGCUUCAACGAUCGAACCAUGCCAAGUUGGACGCCUCCAGGAUUCUUUUUUCCUAUCAUGUGGAUUCUCAUUGUGGCUCCCCUUCGCGCGGCAUCCUCAAUGAUGAUUUGGCAACAGGUUGGACACCUGUGCGACGCAACAAUUCUCGUGCUCAUGCUUCACUUGUGCGUGGGGGAUACCUGGAACACGGUGAAUAAUGUAGAGCGACGAUUAGGUGCGGCGGUGCCAGGGGUUCUCUGUGUUUGGGCCUCAGCGCUUGCCGCAAGCUACGCGUACUUUCAGGUGGAACCCUUUGCUGGGCAGCUCCUGUUGCCUACUUGCUUGUGGUUGACAGUAGCAGCUGCUUUGGUAGCCGACACAUGGCGUGUGAACAACUCAUCCGGUACAGCCACCCCUCCAUCCUUGCCGGAUCUGGUUUCCUACCACCACCUCAUCAGUGGUGCUGCGGCACGGGGCAAGGAGAGAGAAGCUGCAGACUGGUACGUGGAGAUGCGGCAGGCUCUUCUGAGACCCGAUCCAAUCAUCUUCACCGACGUGAUCCAUGGCUUCGCAAGGAGCGGGGCUCAUGAAGCUGCGGCAAAUUGGCUCCAUCGCAUGGUUGAUGAGUCGGUGCACCCCACGGUGGCCGCCUACAAUGCUCUCAUCUCUGCUUGUGCCAGGCAGGGUGAUUUGCGACGCGCACGGCAGUGGUUUGAGCAGCUGCCCGCGCAACGGCUUCAGCCCGAUGAGAUCUCCUACAAGGCUCUGAUUCGUGGCUGCUGCUUGCUGGAUGAGCCAACAGAGCCACUUCCUAAGAAUGAUGCAAAAUACAGAGAUGGUACGAACCCACCGGCAGGGUACUUAUGCUUUUCCAUCAGUGCUUGA